GUGGGAGGGCGAGCCAUCUCGAAACGAAAUAAAAAGUCGCUUUCCAACUGUACGUGUCCUCAAAGCUCCGAAAUUACACCCCGCGUCUGGACUGUGAUACGGAACAUCUGGGCAGAGAGGCAGAGAGGGCCCUCCCCACGGCACCACCAGUCCCCACAGCACAGCGCAGCGCAGAGCAGCACAGCCAGACGGCAAGGCAUCCAGCUCCUAGUUCACACCAACCCAGCCCUUGCUCGCUCGGCUCCCUCCAGGAUGCAUCCCCCCACUGUGCUGCUGCAGCGCUCCUCGUCCAUCCUGCCUUCCCUGCUGCUGCUGAUGCUGCUGGCUGUCCUGGUGCGCGGCCAGCCCAACUACAUCUACGACGAGCCCUGGGUCAACCAGUACCGCCAGGGCUUCAACUUCCAGUGCCCGCACGGCGAGGCUCUGGUGGCAAUCCGCAGCUACUUUAGCGAGAAGGAGGGCUCAGACCGACUCUGGAGCUUCGAGUGCCAGAAGACGCCCUACAACCUCGGGGAGCCCACCGAAUGCUGGUGGGACGACAUCAACCGUGCCGGCUUGGAGUGGUCAUCCAUGUGCACCAAUAAUGGGCUGGUAGCCGGGGUGCAGAGCCAGUACUUCAGCUCGGUUCUGGACCGUGAGUGGCAGUUCUACUGCUGCCGCUAUGCCAAGAGAUGUCCCUACUCAUGCUGGAAGACGCAGGAGAAUCCAGACUACUAUCGCGAAGAAUCCGACUUUGUUGUCCCGAGCUACGGCUACUUCAUCCGAGGGGCCUCGACCACAUUCAGCGGAGUGCUCAGGGAUCGACAGUGGAAGUACGUCCUUUGCCGGAUGACAGAGCACGACUGUGACUUUGAGAAUUUUUAACUCACGAAAAAAAAAUGUGCAUAGUGAGAUAAGCUCACGUCAGGUGCUAAACACACAUUUUUAUAUACCUUUUUUAAACGUUUUAAUGAUUAUUACUCUUUGUAUAUGACAAGUAUCUGCAAAAACUAACUCGCUUAUGUUGUUUGACUUACACUGUGUACUCUACUCUUAAUUUUUUUCGUAUUUUAUUGUAUCUUUAUUUUAACCAAUGUGUAUUCUGAUCACACUAAUAUCAUAAUACUGAUUAAGACUAACUGUAAUAGAAAAAAAUAAAAUGAUACUGAACCAAAAAUAUUCUCUAUUUCUUCCUGAGGUUAUGGAAAGUAAUUUCAUCACUGUAAUGAAUGAAUAAUGAGUAAAGACUCUUCU